AUAUAUAGAGGCAAUAAUAAUAAUAAUUAUAAUAAUAAUAAUGGACCAUUCUCAUCAUCAUCAAGGCCCAUAAUCCCUCCUUUUGGAAGUGUUGAAGAAGUGCACAUUAACAUGUCAAUUUCAUUAGAUAGUAGUAUGAAUUCGCUUUAUUUUCAUGCAAGUCCUGGUUCAACUCUUCCUCCUUUGAUCAAUGCUGCGGAAGUUUAUAGAAUUGAACCAUUAGCUCAAGGAACUGACUCUAGAGAUGUGGAAGGAUUGAGGCAACUGCGAUUGGCAUUUAAAACAUUAUCAGAAUGGAAAGGUGACCCUUGUCUUCCAUUUCCAUACGCUUGGGAAUGGAUUCAAUGUACUGCUGAUCCUAAACCUCGCGUAAAAGCAUUGAAUCUUAGUAGCUAUGAUCUUCAUGGGAUUCUUCCAGAUAUGAGUUCAAUGGAUGCACUUGAAAUUAUAGAUUUGCAUAACAACACCAUUGAAGGCCCCAUUCCUGAAUUUCUUGGUUUCUUGCCUUUACUUAGAGUGCUGAAUUUGUCAUACAAUGGUUUUAAUGGUUACAUACCCAACUCCUUAAACAAUACAGACAUUGACAUUGACAUUACUCAUCUCCCGGAACUGAAAAAUGUAUCCAUUACAACCACUAGUGAUUCCCCAACAAGAAUGUCAUUCGAACUACACAUAUUAUUGCUUAUAAUCGCAAAGCAGGUUUUAAUAUCUCUGUGGAUGAACUUUCAAUAAUUGAUGCAGAAUUUUCUGUUACUGUAAGUUUGUAACACAUGUUCAAACUAAAUUAUAUAUAAAACUUAUUCAGACAAUUUUUUGCGUUAAA